AUGUCGUCCUUCCCGCACAACGUUGACCUGGACAAGGCCAACCUUCGAGAUGUCAUCUGCUACCUCAACAAGCCCAAGGAGGAAGAUGACCCAGGCUCCGUUCUGGUCUCGCGAGUUGUCGCCAUCUUCGUUCUGCUCGUCACCUCCACCGCCGCCACCAUGUUCCCGGUCCUCGCCACGAAUGCCCGCCGCCUCGGCAUUCCCCCCAACCUGUACCUGGUUGCUCGCCAUUUUGGCUCGGGCGUUAUAAUCGCCACCGCCUUUAUCCACCUGCUCGAUCCAGCGUACGAAGAAAUCGGCCCCGCCAGCUGUGUUGGCCUGACCGAGGGGUGGGAGGGCUACAGCUGGCCUCCUGCCCUGGCAAUGACAUCGGCCAUGUUGAUCUUUCUCGUCGACUUCCUCGCCGACUACUACGUGAGCAAAAGAUUCGGGUCCCAGGAAGCAGAAGAGGAGGAACCCUUUGAUCUUGAAGGGGAUAAGGAACCCCGACGAUCGAUCGAACCUCUCCUCGAACGCGGCGAAGAAUCUGAACGAAACCAAGCAGCAUUUCCCAACGCCCACAGCCUGGCAGAGAUACCAAUCCCCCGCGAACAAGUUCAUACGGCCGAAGAAGAUCUGCCGGCCUUCUACUCUAAGAUGGCAGCGUUCCUCAUCCUCGAAUUCGGCGUGCUCUUCCACUCUGGCAUCAUCGGCGUGAAUCUCGGAGUUGUUGGAAAGGAGUUCUCAACCUUGUAUCCCGUCAUUGCCUUCCACCAAGCUUUUGAAGGACUUGGUAUCGGAGCCCGUCUCAGUUCAAUCCCAUUCCCAAGGAAAUACCGAUUUGUACCGUACGUGCUGGCUCUCGCCUACGGGCUGACAACACCAAUCGCUCUCGCCAUCGGCCUGGGUCUAAGAACGACAUAUGACAGCGAUUCAUUCCGGGCCCAAGCCAUUUCCGGUGUUCUUGAUUCUAUUUCGAGCGGCAUCCUGCUGUACACUGGCUUUGUUGAGAUGUUGGCACGAGACAUUCUCUUGAACGCCCAGCCAUGGGAUAAACGGAGGCUUGUGGUUGCUUUUACCUCGCUUUACUCGGGCAUUUUAGCUAUGGCUAUUUUGGGAAAGUGGGCAUGA